GUACAAUUGGGAAUUCUUCUAGGCUUCCAGCUCAGACUGGGGGAUGAUGGUGACUGGGAUGUUGUGUCACCUCGGUGGAUGGCGGCUGUUGAUUGGCGCAUUGAAGAUUGAGAUCGGAUGGACCCACAGCCCCUUGGACUCCACAGUGCAAGAGCGAAAGCCCAUCAAGAUAAUACCACAGGAACAUUACAAUAAAGAGCUUAAUAAAAAUGACAUUGCGCUGAUAGAGAUGGACAGACUGAUAGAAUGUGGGGACCUGGCCGGUAUUGCCUGCCUGCCUUGGGCUAAAGAGCCCACAGUUACCCCUCAGUCCAAGUGUGCCAUUGGUGGCUGGGGGCUCAUAUCAGAAGAAACGUUUGUGCCACAUCCCAUGCUGCAGGAAGCCGAGGUUGACCUGCUUGAUACAACGUUGUGCAACAGAACCCUCUGGUACUAUGGGACGAUUCACCAAAGCAACCUUUGUGCUGGCUACUGGCAUGGAAAGGUUGACACUUGCCAGGGGGACAGCGGGGGGCCGCUCAUGUGUAAAGACGCACACAGUGGCACCUACGUGUUAGUCGGCAUCAUGAGCUGGGGGCGCUGUGGCCAAGCCUUUCGGCCAGGCGUCUACACGUCCACUUGGCACUUUCUGGACUGGAUCGCCUCCAAGGUUGGGUCGGCCACUGUCUUUACUGAGCUACCUGCUCAGGCCAAGAUCCCGACCGUUCCUAGGACCACAACUGUGAGACCUACCCGUCCCCCAUUCUGGACCUGGAUCUGGAGCACAAGGUCCUGGGCUGAUCUACCCUGGUGGAUGAGGACCAGACUCCCGCCGCUGAGGACCACUUGUGCCAAGGGUGCUUUACCUGAGAUGUGGCCCAAGAACGAGCAGCCCUGGCCCCCAGGGAGUCGCUUAACUGGCUCACUCAUCUACACCGCUCCCCAGUCCGGGAUGUCCAAUCCUGUGAUGGAUAAGGCCCAAGUUCUGGGCCCCACCCCCAGGCCUUGCUCUUCACACUCCCCUUCCCUAAGCGCUCGAAGUUGCUAGUAGACUCCAUGAAGAGCAACAAGACCAUAAUGAGUUAUGUCUGGAGAGUGUUGUCUAUGGGCAGGCCAGGAGCCCCCUGCAGCCUGUCCUUCUGUCCUUGACCCCCGGGAAUGGGUCAAUAAAGUUGUAUAUGAAAAGAGAGAGAGAGAG